AUGGAUGCAUCCGCCCACACUACCCUUUGUCAGCACCCUUUGCUCGCGCCGGUGGUUCGUCGCGUGGCCGCUAGAUGUCGGGGCGGCGCGCGAGGUCGCAGCGAGCGCGGCGGUGGCGGCCGCCGGCCAGUCGGAGCGCGCGCGUUGGUAAAUGCGGAUCUGGGAAGCGGGCGGCGGCGGCGGAAGCGCGGGAACCGGCCAGUGCACGGGCCGACGGACGCGGUGCGGUGCGUGGCGCGGCGCGGGCAAUGGCGGAAUUGUCACCGCUCCACAGUUGAUCCCUCGACAGCCACCGGCGAGUCAACGCCACCUGCCGGCCGGAGAGGCGACGUCGCCGGUCCCAGGGCGUGUGUUUUCGUGCGCGUAGCCGGGCAUGGCCGGCUGCUAGUGUCCACGGGCUAUUUCGAGGAGGCUGCGAGGCGGGAGUACGCGUUGGAAGCGGCAGCCACCAUCUCCACCGUCAACAUCACCUUCGUCGACGGGCUGUACGCGGGCCUGCCCUCCGCCGCCGGGAUGCCGUCCAAGAAGCAGUACAACCUGGUGCAGAACGAUGACUACGACACGCGCAUCCCGCUGCACCCCGAGGAGGCCUUCCACCACGGGAUCAGCUUCCAGGCGAAGUACGAGUUCAAGGCGAAGGGCAUCAAGAAGAAGAAGGUGACGGUGGACGUGUCGGUGGACGGGGUGCGCGUGGCGCUGCGCAAGAAGAAGAAGAAGAAACAAUGGAUAGAUGAAAACAUAUCUUUUACAAUAUAUUUGUACAUGUUUGCCCCAAUUUAA